CGCCGCGCCGCCGGGACGCUGCCCCCGCCACGCCCCGCUGCAUCCCUGGAUCCGACCCUCGUGUCCAGUUCCGUUCCAAGAGGAAAGCCUAGGCGGAGAGCUGUGUGGAGUGACGCCAGGAGAUGGCGGCGUUCCUGAGGUCAAAGUGUUCGUCAGUUGGGCGUACUCUGAUGGGAAGCAUUGGGAACAAUCUGUAUGGGGGUGUUAACUCGUCUGUUGAAACAGUGGCAGGGUCAUCUCGCUGUGAUGCUAUCAGUCAGCAAAUCAGGACAUUCAUCCAGAUGAGAACCAACCUCAAGGUGGUAGACAACUCUGGAGCCAAGCGGGUCAUGUGCAUACAGUCCUUGAGGGGGAAGAAAGGAGCGAGGCUCGGGGACAUGAUAAUUGGUUCCGUGAAGGAAGCACAACCCCGUGGCAAGGUCAAGAAAGGUGAUGUAGUCUACGGGGUGGUCGUCCGUGCUGCUAUGAAGAAAGGACGAAGUGAUGGCAGCGAGGUCCAGUUCGAUGACAAUGCUAUAGUCAUCGUGAACAACAAGGGCGAGCUGAUUGGCACUCGCGUCUUUGGUCCUGUUCCCCACGAGCUCAGGAAGAAGAAGCAUCUCAAGAUCUUGGCGCUGGCUGAGCACAUAGUUUGAGACGUCGAGCUGUGCUUAGGCAUAUCUAUCUGUUUGUUCUGGGGAAUGAAACGAACACGUGGUCGUCUUCAAGACUGCUCUGGGGAUGUUUUGGUUGCUGCCCUGCUGUUAUUGUGUUCCACUUUCUUUUUUCUUGAUAGUUUGUGUUUGGAAAAAUCUACUCUAAACUAGUUAUGUGCAUUGCUUACUUUUCUCGCUUUUACCUGCGAGUUUAAUGAGCAAUUGAAAACUUGGAUCGAAUCUAGGCACUAACGGGCAAAGCGGAUUUGGAAUUUACUUUAA